CUCAGUACGCAGUAAUGGGAAGUUGCACCAGCAGAUUGGGCAAUUUCGAACGCGAUGCGCUGAAUGCUCACAACGAAUACCGACGAAAACACGGAGCUCCGUUUCUGUCUUGGUCGAAGAGGGCACAGAGAAGUGCCCAACAAUGGGCCGACCACCUGGCAAGUGAGAAAAGACUGGAACACGGGAAUCAUAGUGGAAUGGGACAGAAUCUCAGCUACAUGUAUGGUCAAGAAAUGACUGGAACGGCUGUCACUGACAUGUGGUACGACGAAGUUCAAAACUAUGACUUCAGUAAAGGUCAAUUUUCGCCCAACUCAGGUCAUUUUACUCAAGUCGUUUGGUGUAAUACGACAGAAAUGGGAAUUGCCAAAGCUACUGCGUCUGAUGGCAGCAAUUACGCUGUGGCUAACUACGUUCCUCCAGGCAAUGUAGUGGGACAGUUUACUAGGAAUGUGCUUCCAGCUGCUAACUAGGACACGCCACUACUAUGUUGCAGAGACAGUGAGCGUGUUCACACUGCUAUAUAUAGCGUAGUUAUCCAACCAUGCAGGGCGGGGUGAUGGGGUCUAGUAGUGUGAACACUAGCCAUAGCUAACGCGUAGUUACCGAGGCCCGGAUUUCCGGGUGGAGGGUAUAGUAGUCGUUCAAUGACCGUACGACCCAACGACCCAUCGACCGUAUAUAUAGUUGGUUAGCGGAGAUGGAAAUGAAGCUAUUCCGACCAAUAGACGAGAAGUGGUGUCAUUACUGACCAAUAGAGGAACGUGAUGACAUCAUGAAGCUCCACCUUGCUUUGUUUGGUAGCUGCUAACGAGAAUUCGGCUAUCGGGCGUCCGUCCUGUACAUGGUGUGUAGUCCUUUGCUGUAGGGGUUUAGCACAUACAUUUGUACGUGUAUGUUUCCCCAACAACAACCAGGGCGAUGUGUGUAGCUGUACCUGACUUGUAACAUUUUGCUUGUUCCACAGUGUUUCUGCAUAGUGGUUCUGCAGUCUGCCAGCUUGAAUUUUGGGUGUGCGUGGCUGAGCGGCCGUGGUGUUGUUGCAACGAUCACUAGUGUCGUCUUCAACAGAAAUUUGGCGUUUGACGGGAAUUUGCGAAGGAGAACGUGCAUUGUCCAUGACAGCGUCUGUUUGUGGGACAAAGCGGCUCGGCCGACCUGUAAGUACGCUAGUGCGUCUCUAUUCAUUUCUGUUUUACGGUAUCCAAAGUCAGAGCGAACAGACGCCUAGCUAAUCUACAUGUGCACGUGCAUGUUUUCCCGCAUUGAUGUAUUGUUUUGGCUCUGGGGUCACCUCAUUACAACAGUAGGCGACGUCUAGCUAGAGAAGCCGCACAAACAACAAGAUGCCUAGAGAAGCUGCACAAAGAACGAGACUUUUACAUUCUUGUGAGCUGGAAAAUCGAUGGUGAGCUGCUUGUUUGGUCUCCAUUUGUAACCUCGGUUUCCCACCACCGAACAAUGAUCACGCCCGUUACUUCAUCACGUAAGGCGAAGAUUGCCAGCCGGCCUAGCGUCGAGACUCUCCGACUUGUAACAUUUGGCUUGUUCCAUCAUUUGGAAACAACUAUAUUUGUAACAUGCAUUUAGAAACAACGCCCAGCUGCAUUUUAAUCUAGCCCUUUGUAACGUUCCCACAUCUAAUUUUGUUCUGGCUCUGGUACCUAUGCCACGCCUAAAUCCAGCCAUAGCUAGGACCUCAAAAGCUGCACAAACAAUCACCUGCACAAAGAACCGACGAGCGAAGGUUGUAAAAAAUAGAAGCGAGGUUCUACGGGACGUUGGCUGACGGACUGCGUAGCUACCCGUUGUAAACGGUAGCAGCCAGUCACGUGACUUACCUCAAGGUCGACCUUUGCCAUUUCAAUAAUGCUUCUUAUUUAUUACCCACAUCAUACUAUUCUGUUAUACGAUUUUGUCAUAGCGCUACUAAUUUAGGGGUCGUCCAUAUUUAUCAGCAUUUUCACGAGCGUACAAAACGUACGCUGGGGGGGAAGGGGGUAAAACCAGGCGUACGCUUUGGAAAAAUGCUGUUCUAACGCAUGCGUAGGACGUUCUCACUGAGGUAGUUCAAUGGUAUUGCACACAGGUUCGCGUGGUCAAACCAACCAUUACGCUAGGUAGCAGUUCGCUGCAUCCGGGUUAAUGAGCAAUAUCCGGGUUUCUCUUCUCGUCUCGUGUCUUGAUGGAUAACGUAGAGAAGCUGUCAGAGUUGUCAAACUGUGCGGACUCUGUACAUACGCACCCUGUGAGUGCCUAUCAGCAUUUUGUCAACGCUUUUGUAUAUAUCAAUAACAGUUACGGCACGCAAGAUGCUGUGAGGAAGGCGCAGGAGGUUUGGAAGGUUGGGAGUGAUGAGAAGAAGGAUUACAUUUUGAAAGAAGAUUUUCGGAAGAUAGAGAUGACGACGAAGAGAAAAAUUAUAAAACCCUAACCUAUAUCUGUGCAUUAUUGUUAAUAAUAAAUACGAAAAACUUUCUGUGUAUCAAGUAUGGGCCUAUUGAAGCAUGUAUUAUUAUUAAUAUUAAAUCAGCAUUUUUCGCGUACGCUUUCAGGGAGGGAAGAGGGGACAGAGAAAAAGCGUACGUUUUGUACGCUCGUGGUAAUGCCGAUAAAUAUGGACAACCCCUUACCUUCAAGGUGCAUAUUGGCCGAGGGUUUGCACUUCAAGUGCUUCAUUAUAGCGUAGUUAUCCAACUAAGCUUGCGACCUUGGCUAGAGCGUAGUUACAGUAGAUGAUGUCUAGUCGUAGCUGCCGUAAAGUGUGCUGUCUGUUUGUGCGCAUUUCACUCCGGAUGCUAGUAGUAAAUAGAGACUAGCAAUGAAUAGAGAAGCACUACUAGUAGAGUGCUAAAUCCUCGGCUGGUGUAGUCAUAUCUCGUCACGUGAUAGUGUUUAGCGCAAACUCACUGGUCUAAGGUUUCCAAUGCAGGCGUGUAUUAAGCUCAGGAAACAGAGUGGAAGUUUUGGGCAAUUAUCUACAUGACGAAUAAGGGGUGUUAACGAA